ACUCCUCAAUGAAUACAUAGAUAAGGAGGAUACAUACUAUAUUGUGGAGUUCCAUGUCACAAACAAAUAUACUAUUCUCUCUAUAUAUAUCUAUUUUGUUAUAAUACUGUAAACUAGCUUCCAUAUAGAGCCUAAACAUUUUACCUCCCAUCAAUAAACUUAUAUUAUCCAAUGGAACCACCACUAGGGAAACAACCAUGUCCAGAGACCUCAAGAAUCAUCUCUACACCAGAGACCUCAUUGCAGAGUCCAAAGGCAAACAUACAAGAAGAAGAAGAGAGAAAAGAUAUGGAUCUCAAUCUAUCCAGCAUGGACUCCAAUGAUCAUAUGUUCAAUCCAGAACUCAACCUCAUUGACUGUCUCAACAUGGGUUCACCUCAAAAUUCAUCAGAAACUCCCCAAUCAUCCGAUCCCGAGCCGCGAGUUUUCUCAUGCAACUAUUGCCAGAGAAAAUUCUACAGCUCACAAGCACUUGGAGGGCACCAAAAUGCCCACAAGAAAGAGAGGUUUUUGGCAAAAAGAGGACAGCAAAGCUUACACUACUACUUGGACCACCAUGAGCAUGACCAUUAUUAUUCUUGUAUGGCUUCACUCCCUCUUCAUGGUGCUUACAAUUAUAAUUCUCUUGGAAUUCAGGUUCACUCUAUGAUCCAUAAGCCUCCGCACGUGCCAAAUUCUUUUGGGGCCAGAAGUAGUUUGUAUGGACAUGGUGGAUGGUCGAGGCUGCCUAUGGACCAAAAACAGGCGAUCGGGAAGCUGGCGACGAAGAAUUAUCCGGCAACUGCGUUGACCGGAGCGUCGUCUCAAGGUGGGGUUGGCAGAUUCAAUAGCAAGAGGAGGAUGAUGGAUUCUCCAUCAGGUGAAAGAAUUGGUGGAAUUUGGUGGGGAGAUGGUGGUGGUUUGAAGACUAAACAGGAUAAGUUGAAAAAGCUAGACUUGUCUCUUAAGCUCUGAGUUCCAUUUUUUAGGAGUCCUAUUUUGUGUCUUUGAUAUUUCUUUUACUUCUUCUAGAUUAAUUGUAUAUAUUAAAUUAUAAGAAUCUAAGAAAUUGUUUCUUAGAAAUGUGAAAUUUUGUUCAUUGGUUCUUCAUUUGGAGCUAUUCAACUUUAUUCAUAAUUCCGUUGUUAAUGAGAACUUUGAGAAAUCUCCCUUCAGAUGUUAUAUUGGAGAUAUUGCUGAUUGUAUUUCAGUUAUUUA